CUCAAAAUGGAAAUUUCAAUCAGAUCCUCUUCUUCAAACAAAACUUGUGUGAAUGCGGGAACUCUUAGAAUACAAAAUGUUUCACUAUCCUUGAUUCUGGAAUUUUCGUGUGAUGCUUUUCAAGGUGCUAGCAGAAGAGGGAUAGCUAAGGCUGUUGCCUUUGAUGGAAUUGACAAGGCUCCAGAAGAGAAAAAGGGAGGAAUUACAAAUGCAACGAAGAUGUUAUGUAUGCUUUAGGAGGGAGAAAUGAACCAGAAGCAAGAAAAGGAAAAGAUCGAUUGGGUGUUUCCCGAAGUCAAGGCUCUGCAGGGGUCUGCACUCAUUGAUAAGAAGCGUAAGAAUCAAGAAAAUCAUACUUGCUGCUGUUCUUCAGUCGGGAGAGGGGUUCAAUGCUGAGGAAGCCAGCGUGUACGAUAUAUAAUGGCUACAAAUUUGGGUUUCCUCAUGAGAGAGAGAGAGAGAGAGAGAGAGAGAGAGAGAGAGAGAGAGAGAGAGAGAGAGAGAGAGAGAGAGAGAUCAUUUUCACAUUGUAUGUUCUUCUUUCUUUCCAAAUUUUCUGCUUCCUUGUGCAUCUUUGUGCUGCUGACCUGAGCUUGGACUACCAUGGGGACGUUGUUGCUUUUUACAAGAAGGGCCUUGAGGAUGCCCUCAACAGUGAUGCUUCCAAACCUUGCUUGGUCAGUGACCAGUCCACCGUUGUCACCUAGGACCCAGUUCCCCAUUUCUGCUACCUUUCUACUAGGUUGAGGAAGCCACUCGUGGUAACACUCGUCGAUUAAAAAGGUUACCAUGGAAGUUUAUAUCCAUAAUGUGCGUAUGAUGGUGCUCAAAUUUCUUCAUUUGUUUUAACUGAACGGCCAUCAUGUAUUCUCUUUUCCUAAUGCAUUCUCUACGAUGUCGUUCCCUUUA